AUGUACGCUGUUCUCGUCCGAGGUCCACCGUACACGGGCGAGGAUGCGCUAGAGGCGCUUGCCGACCUCCCGCUUUCUGCGGUGGACCAGCUCGAAGCAAGCCACCCUGCUGUCCAGGUCGCUCUCCGCAUUCGGUGCGGUGCUCGGAGAGUGUUCCUUCUUCGGCCAGCGGUGGUUAGGGCGACACAGCGGAAAGCUGCUGUUGCUGCUGCUGCAGCUGCGCUGGCUGCUCUCCCGCAAGCUGCGCCUGCCGCAAAGUACCUCCUCGCGAGCCUCCCUGCUCUUGCUGCCGCCGCUGCUGCUGCUGAUGCCGCGCUCCUCCGCCUGCAUGCUCUCCUUCACGCCACCUUUGCUUCGCUUCGUGCGGCUCUCGCGGCCUCUGCUCUUCUCGUCGACGCUGCUCGCCAGGUCCAGGCGGUUGUGCUGUCCAGCCGGGGCGACGGCCUCGGGCGCCGCGCGGUGGACGAUGACGAGGGUGGUGUGGUUGGCGACGCGCUCAGCCGCCGUGAGCUUUCGCUGCUUCGAUCGGCGCAGAUAGUCAUCUGCCUGGGGGUGUAUGUGGCUGAGCGCGGCGAGCUGGUUAUGGCUGGCACAUCAGCCGAGCCGUGGCCGACGGGAUCAGGGUCGGGCGGGAUUGAGACGCCGCGGGCGUCGACGUCAGCGUCGGGCAUGCUAUCCGGCCGGCCGGCGCGCGGCGUCGGCGCGCUGCAAGCACAGCAGCUUGUUUACAGCUCGCAGGAGGCGCUGCUAGACGCGUUGGAACUUGUCGCUGACGACAGGCCGGCGUCGUCUGGCGAUGCCGAGCUGGCUCAGGACGCGGUGCGGAAGCGGCGGCCGUCAGCCGAGUCGGGCAGCGGGGGUGGCGGCGUUUGCGGCGGCGAGGUCAAGCGGCGGCGGCUGCUGGUGUCUGCGGGGCGAUCGCUGCUGGAUUCGUCACCGCAGUCGCCGGGCCUGGGCUCUGCCGGGUCGCCGUCGGCGCGCGGGGUUGUGUUUCUUGGCCUCUCGCCUGCGGGCGACGACGACGAUGACGAUGGUGAAGACGGUGGUGGCGGCAGGGUGGGCGAUGAGCCUGAGUUUCGGCCUUCGCACUUGUCACUUGCGCUUGGCGCGACGCAGACACCGACGGUGAGCCUUGCGCAGCAGCUGGCCGAGGCACCGCCGACGUCUGUGCUGUUUGAGGGGCGGCAUCGCCCGCUGGCGGCGCGGGCUGAGAUGGAUUCUGCGCCGUCGUCGGCAGCGCGGGCAGCCGGGGAUAACGCGGGCGUGCUUGAUGGCGUUGCGGUGCCUGAAACGAGUUCGGGCUCACCCGACGUGCCACGUGUCUUGUUUCUCGCGUCUGACGAUGACGACGACGACGGCGGCGGCGGCAUCGGGGCAGAAGGCGGCGGCGGCGGGGGGAGGAGCGGGACGCAGUAGCGCAGAUUUACUCGGCCUUGGCCUUGCUGGCGUCGUUGUCGUCAUCGGCCUCGAGCGACUGCUUGUCGACGGUCUCACCAGUGGAGAGGAAGUGGUAACCCAUUUCGAGGAAGAGGGCGUACCAGUAGACGUGCAGGAUCUGCAGGAACAUGAGGAGGCCGUUGAGGACGACGCGCUCGACGGUGGAGACGUCGACAGACUCUGUGACAGAAGAGACGAUGACGACAAACGGGUAGACGUAGAGCCGCAUGUAGCCCCAGGAGGCGAGCAUGGCGACGUAGGCAGAGAGGGUGAAGGUGGUGCUGGGGGUGUUGGCACCGAGCUUAGCG